CUCUUAUACUCAGUGGUGGCUGACAUCACUGCGAGGGUGGUGACCCCAACAGGCCCAUCAACAGACCAGCUCUUGCAUUCCCCUCGCAACUACCAGCACACCGACCCCAGCUCGGGCGUCCAGCUGGUGUGCGACAAGUGCCCGGCAGGCACCUACGUGUCUACCCACUGCUCACCUACGUCUGUGAGGGAGUGCAGCCCUUGUCCCAAAGGCACCUUCACGCGGGGUGAAAACGGCGUCCAACAAUGCCAUCGCUGUCGGGCCCCGUGUCCUGCGGGCUUUGCGGAAAAAGCCGCAUGCACGGCUACUCAGGACCGCGUCUGCACUUGUCCACCUAGCAGCUUUUUGUCUGUGGACGGCAAACAGUGUCAGCCCCACUCACUGUGUCUGCCAGGGACGAGGUUAAAAAAGCGCGGCAGCGAGGACGUGGUCUGCAGACCGUGCACCAAGGGGACGUUUUCAGACGGGAGCGCCAUGAGAUGUAGACCCCACACAGACUGUCACGCCCGGGGACUCGUGCUGCUGAUCCCUGGGACAACCAAAACGGACAAUGUCUGUGGAUUGUCCCACUCGACCACGCCCUCCUCCCUGACAUCAUCAACU